CCUUAGUCCCCACCACAGCCCAGUCGAUCUUCCCAUAUCUCAAGUACGAGGAAAAUGUCCGCAUCUACAGAAUCCUACCUCUCGCACGCGCGCUACGGCAAGGACAAAGUGCGCGUCUUCCGCGUCGUGCGCGAGGGAAGUUUCCACCACGUUGUUGAGUACAAUGUCUGCGCGCUGUUGGAGGGGGAGAUCGACGUGAGCUACACCAAGGCAGACAACUCGGUCGUUGUUGCCACCGACUCCAUCAAGAACAUCACAUACUACCUCGCCAAGACCUCGCCGCACAUCCUGUAUCCAGAGCGCUUCGCCAUCCACCUCGGGACGCACCUCGUCUCAAAGUAUGCACAUAUCCACAAGGCAUUCGUCACCAUCGAGAAGCUGCGCUGGGCGCGCAUUCCGGUGAAGACCGGCGUGGCGGGCCAGGAAGAGACCAAGCUGCACCCGCAUUCGUUCUACCGGGACGGCGACGACAAGCGCGUGACGAGCGUCGAGAUUGACGCGACCGGCGGGAAGGACAAGAUCACCGCGAAGGUUACCUCUGGUAUAUCCGAUCUGCUGGUGUUGAAGUCUACGGGCUCGGCGUUUGAGGGCUUUGUGCGCGACGAGUACACAACGCUGGUGGAGGUGAACGACCGCAUCUUCAGCACGUCGAUCGACUUGUCCUAUGUAUACAAGCCGUUCGCGGUCCCUGCGCCGUCGGACGAGAAGAAACUGGUCGUGGAUCUGACUGGUAAGCACGCAGAGGCAGGUACGCCAUGGGAUGGGGAGAAGGUGGCGCACAGCGCGCGGAAGAUCACUCUGGAGACGUUUGCCCUGGAUGAGAGUGCGAGCGUGCAGGCGACGCUUUACAAAAUGGCGCAGCAGAUCGUGGCAGAGAAUCCGUACGUGGAGAGCGUGACGUACAAGCUGCCGAACAAGCACUAUGUGCCCGUGGACAUGCGGUACAUCGGGAUAGACAACCUGACACCGGCUGCAGCGGAGGUGUUCGUGCCCAUUGCGGCGCCGAGCGGGCUGAUCUCAGCUACGAUCUCACGCAAGUGAUGGGAUGAUGUCAUUGGCUCCACAACGGCUAUGCGCUGCGCAGCACACAGAGAUGCGAUGCGAUGCGAGUCGCUCUGCAGGGUCCCGGUGGGAGAGACAGAUGAUGGCGCUGCUAAGCUUGUACCAAACGCACCCUGUUUAAUGUAAAAUGAUCGGUUGGCAUGAA